AUGAAUGCUCAUAUGGAAGGUGGUUCCACGACUCGCCCACCACUGCUUACUGUAACCAAUUACUCUUAUUGGAAGACCAAGAUGAAGAUGUUCAUCAAGUCAAUGGAUGAAGAUGCAUGGCGCACAGUUCUGACUGGCUGGAAACGACCUGUUGCCACAGAUGAAAAAGGAAUUCAAACUGAGAAACAUGAAAAAGACUGGAGCAAAACUGAACAGAUUGCCGCAAAUAUGAAUUCCAAAGCAUUGAAUGCCAUAUUCAAUGGAAUUGAUAUCAAUCAAUUCAAAAUCAUCUCAGCAUGUGAGUGUGCCAAAGAAGCAUGGGACAAAUUACAAACAGCUUAUGAGGGGACAACCUCUGUUCGAUUAUCAAAACUUCAGAUGCUCGCUACUCGCUUUGAGGAUCUUCGAAUGGAAGAGAAUGAAACCGUAAGCGACUUUAAUUCGAAACUAUGCGAUAUCUCGAAUGAAGCUCAUGGUCUUGGUGAAACCUAUCCUGAAGUCAAGCUUGUUCGUAAAGUGUUGAGAUCAAUGCCAGACCGAUUCGCAUACAAGGUCACAGCUAUUGAGGAAGCAAAUGAUGUGGACUCAUUGCGACUUGAAGAUCUGAUCGGAAAUUUGCAGACAUUUGAGAACAAGUUGAACAUCAGCAAAAUAGAUAAAGAAAGAAAAAUUGCUCUACAAACAGUCGCUGUGACAACUUCAUCAGUGCCCCCAGUUCCCAUGACAGCACUCGAAGUCAAGCUAACAAAAUCCAUGUCUCUAAUAGCUAAAAACUUCGGAAAACUCGUGAAUAUGAAUGGAAAUCCUACAAGUUUUGAAAGAAAACCCAGAAGUCCUACAAAUAAGCAAGAAGUGAGGAAGGGGAUUCGAUGUAGAGAAUGCCGCGGCUAUGGUCAUAUUCAAGCUGAGUGUGCAAACACUCUAAAUAAGCAAGGAAAAUCACUUGCCACAACCUGGAGUGACGAUAACUCUGAAUCUGAUGAUGACAGUGAAGCAAGUGAUGCUGAAACAAGUAAUGACUUCUGUGGUACAUGCAGGGUUACUGGAGUGACACAGGGUGAUGUCACAUGCACUGAGCCACCACACCUCAGGUAUGCUACUCGUAAUCUCGAGAAUCAUAGAAAUUUAAACACUGUUUUUUUGCCCACAGGAGAAGAAGAUUCAGAAGAUGAUGAAGAAUGCUCCAUUGAGAAGAUUCAACAGCAACUGAAUGAUCUUCUAAAGCAAUGUCAUGAGGUUGGUGAUGAAAACAGGUGUUUGAAGGAGAAAGUGAAGGAACUGGAAGAGGAGAAUGAAGCAAUUAAAGUCAAUCUCAAGGCCAGAAUCGAUGAGCUAGAAUUGGAAAAUGAGGUACUGGAGGUAAAACAGGAUUUUGCUUUGAAGGAUAUUGACAAUCUAAAAGAAUUGCUGAGACAUUUGCGAAACAACGAUUGCAAUAAAGCAAGGGAGAUCAAGAAAAAUCCUGCUCCAAAGAUAAAUGCUGAACCCUGCCUCAACCUGAAGUGUGGCAACGCCCCUGUUGCAACAGCAUUAGAGGCAUCAGCCAGUAAGCUAAAUCGCACUACGAUUUUUCCUUCAAACAGGUUAGAUGAAAUUUUAAAUGCUCAUCCCUCAAAUCCUGAUAAACUUGGUCUUGGCUAUAUUGGGAGUAAGUUCGAUGGUAAACCAAAUCCAAAUCGAAAAAUUAAUUUUGUGAAUAAUACUGUCAAACCUACUCCACAACAUGUUGCCUCACAGUCUUAUACAAAAAGGUUUGUGCCAACUUGUCAUUUCUGUCACAAAGUAGGACAUGUUAGGCCAAAAUGCUUUAAAAGAUGGAAAUUGAUAAAUAAGAGUUUUGCAUAUCAAUCAUCCAAUUCCGCUGCAUGGGAUCACAAUUCCCAAAGAUACUCUGAUAAUAAAUGGAUGAAUAAGUAUAAUGCAAACUGCUUUCCUGCUAUUCUUUCUUUAAAAGCAUGUACUACUAACUCCUGGUAUUUUGAUAGUGGUUGCUCCAAGCAUAUGACAGGUGUACCUAAUUACUUAAAAAACCUGCAUAAUGUGUCUGGUGGACAAGUUACUCUUGGUGAUGGAAACAAGGCCUUUGUGAAAGGAGAAGGUAACUUGGAUGUUGGAGGAUUACCUAACCUUGACAACGUUCUGUAUGUAGAGGGUUUGAAAUCAAACCUACUCAGCGUAAGUCAGCUAUGUGAUCUAUACGACUCAGUGUUGUUCACCAAGCGUAAGUGUGAAGUGUUUGAUCGAAACCACAGGUGUGUUCUAUCUGGUUAUAGAUCCUCUGAUAAUUGUUAUAAAAUUGAUCAAACUGACCAAGUUGAACAGUGUCCCCUCACCACCUCUGAUAUCACAGAUAUGUGUUGUCAUCGACUGGGGAAUUUGAAUUUUCAGGAUCUAACACGAAAUAUUAAUGCAGGUUGUGUGAAAGGUGUUCCCCAACUAAACUCCAAUACACCAGAUUUAUAUGGCGAAUUUCUAAUGGGGGAGCAAACUGAGAGCAUUGGAAGAGAAAUACCAGAAGACAAAAUCACAGAAGUAUCAGUGCCGACAUCUGAUGUCACAACUGAAGACGUUACCACUGGUAAAGAAGGUAUGAAAACUUGCAAUAAGCCGAAGGUUGAGUACCAGGAAAUGGUCAGGUAUGUCUAUUUCACUUCCACUAUAGAACCAAAAAACAUCAAAGAAGCAAUUCUUGAUGAAUUUUGGGUGUUAUUCAAGUUUGAGGAACUUGAGCAGUUUUCUCGAAAUGACAUGUGGGAACUGGUUCUGAGCAAUGACAAGGUAAAAGAACUAGAGGAUGACGUAUUUAUCUCACAGAGCAAAUAUGCCAAGAACGUGGUAAGUAAAUUUGGGUUGCAAAAGGCAAAGCCUUUAACAACACCAAUGACCUCAAUUGAGAAGUUGGGACGAGAUUGUGAUGGCACAAAUGAUGAUUCCACACUAUACAGGAGCUUGAUAGGAAGUUUGUUUUAUCUUUCUGCUAACAGAUAUGAUAUUCGUUUCAGUGUAGGUAUUUGUGCUAGGUACCAAGCAAGCCCUAAAGAGAGUCAUUUGAGUGCUAUAAAGCGCAUUAUCCGAUAUGUUAGUGGAACACCCGAAUUGAGAAAAUGGUAUUCAAAAGAUACUAACAAUUGUCUUGCAGGGAACAGUGAUGCUGACUGGACAGGAGAUGUGGAUGACAGAAAAAAUAUCACAGGAGUUAGCCAUGAUAGAAGUGUGCUGCCCCCUCUAUCGGGAGUGAUCAAUGUCUAUGACCUCAUUCAUCUCAAAGAUCAUACCUCUAUUGGGAGAAUUAUGCUACCGCAUAUGCAUCCCUGA